AUGCACAAGCAAAUACCUUCACCAUCCUCAACUUUGAUCAAACUUGAUAAAUUCUCAGAUACUGAUGAUUGGCCAGUACAAGUUUCGGAAUGGACUUGUCCAAGUUGUUCUCAUCAAAAUCAAAAAUCAUACAAGUGUUGUGAAAAUUGUUCUUUCCAAUCAUCUCAAUUCUUUUUCAAUAACAGAGGAGCACACUUUAAAUCGGAGAAGAAGAUUGACAAGUUUUAUCAAGUUUUUAAAAAGAAAAAGGUUUUCCUACCUGUAGUCCACGUUUGGGAUGUUGCUCAUGCUCUAAAGAAUGCAAAAUUACUCUACGAUCAUCACGUAGAUGGUCUCUUUCUCAUCAAUAAUAAUUGCUCGGCUGACAUCUUGAUCGAUGCUAUUAAAAGUGUUAGAAGGGAAUUUCCAGACAAGUGGCUUGGUAUUAAUAUUUUGGGUAUUUCUAUUAGGGAAUUAUUUCUGAAGAUUGCUGAUUUGGAUUUUGAUGGAUUGUGGUUGGAUAGUGCCAUGAUUACUGAGGAGAGUGAAUUCCAGAAUAUUGCAGAAUUCAUUCAGGAUCAAUUGGGGAGUAUGAAUUUCAAAGGAUUGUACUUUGGUGGAAUUGCAUUUAAAUAUCAGAGGACUGUUAUCAAAGAUUUGAAAAAAGUAAUUGAUAUUGCUAGCAGCUAUGUGGAUGUUAUUCUCACAUCAGGUGAAGCAACUGGAAUGCAAAUUAAGGAGGAAAAACUGAAAAAGUUUACAGAGCUAGUCAAAUGUAAUCCUUUAGGAAUAGCUUCUGGUGUGACGAAUAAGAAUUUGAUCACAUCAAUUAAACAUGCAGAUGUGUUCAUUGUUGGUACAUAUAUUGAGCACUACGUAACAGGAGAUAUUGUUGAGGAGAAGCUGGAAGAAAUGUUAAAACUAUUUCAAAUGUACAAUGAAAUGCUAGAGAAGAGGAAGCAAGAUGAUAUUCAGUAA